GACGCCAGCAGGAGAACCUUGGGAGCUUGGAGCCACCUCCUGAAUCUGCUGGGUAAAGGACUGUGUCACUAGGGCCCGUGUCUGGAUCCCUCUACCUGGUGCCCUCAAGAUGAGCUUCCAGGAAAUGCCUACGCUCCAACAUCUGGCCAUUCAGGGGCUGCUAAGAAAUGAGGACUUGGCCAUCUCCUCUCUGGAGAACCUGCCCACAGUGUUCUUCCCACCACUGUUCAAACAGGCCUUCGUUAACCGACAAGCAAGGAUAGUGACGGCCAUGGUAAUAUCUUGGCCCUUCCCCUCCCUCCCUCUGGGGGCCCUGAUAGAAUACGCCCAAAGGGAUAACUUCCAGGCUGUGCUGAAUGGAAUCGAUUUCCUGUGUAACCAGUCCGUUUGGCCUAGUAGGUGCAGACUACAAGUGCUCAACUUACAACAGAUCCAUCACGACUUCUGGGAAGGAUGUCCGGGACCACAGUAUCGUUGGGACAACUCUCCAGAGACCAAACGAGGGGAAAUAGAUCCCAAAACAGGGCGAAGGAAGCCGCUGAUGAAGGUGCUAGCCGAGUAUACCAUCUUGUAUGUCGUUCUCAAGGACUACAGUAGUUUCUUCAUGGAGUGGCUCAAGGUGAGAAGAUAUACUGUGCCAAGUUAUUUUUUUAGGUUGGUUCGUAAAAGGAAAUGAAAAGCGCCAGUGGCGGACAGAGGAAUUGGAUCUCUUACGACCUCUCUGAAUCUUGAGUUUACAUAUAAACUGGUUGUAAGCCAUGCGGCAUGGGUGCUGGGACUUGUGUCCUCUGAAGGACCUAGUCCUUGCUUUUAACUCCCUUGGCAUCUUUCCAGCCCCCAAACAGUCAUGAUGACAUCUCAUGUGACUUGGAACUCUAUGUAGAAACUUUGGACCCUGAACACAUAGACUACCAGACAAGCCAGGUUUUUAGCUAUGGAACAUUGAAAUUAAAUAAAGGCGUACACA